UGUCGCCAUAGCAACGGUUUGUUGAAUGGUGGAGUAAAGUGGGUUGAAUACAUGGCAAAAUGAAACUCAAGCGCUUCCUUCUCAGGUAUAGCCUUGGAAUACGAGAAAGGAGGAUAUUUGAAGACCAAAUCAAUCGACCUGUUGGAUCUGACCCCAGAGUGAGACAGACCCAGAUGAAAUGUUGGCAGAAAUUAGGCAGUUGGAGCCUCUGAUCAGGUCAGAGUCCCAGGCCAAUCAGGUCAAACAGCUGAUCCUUCGACUGCAGCAGAAACAGGGCCAGCGGGAGGACCACAGGUUCUGUCUCUUCAAGGAGCUUAAGCCACACAUACUGCCGCUGACAAACAUUGCCUUUGACAAAUCAGGGUCGAGGUUUAUAACUGCGAGCUACGACAGGACAUGCAGAGUUUGGGACACAGCCUCAGGCACAGAGCUACACAAGCUGGAGGGUCACAGAAACGUGGUGUUUGCAGUUGCAUUCAACAACCCAUAUGGAGACAAGGUUGCCACCGGCUCUUUUGAUAAGACCUGCAAACUGUGGUGUGCAGAGACGGGCAAAUGUUUUCAUACCUUUCGCGGACACAUGGCAGAAAUAAUGUGCCUGGCGUUCAACCCCCAGAGUACACUGGUGGCUACAGGCAGCAUGGAUGCCACUGCCAAGCUGUGGGAUGUGGAGACUGGGGAGGAGGUGCACACAUUGACUGGUCACACUGCAGAGGUCCUCUCUCUGUGUUUUAACUCAGUGGGAAAUCAGCUUGUCACAGGCUCCUUUGACCACACUGCUGCUAUAUGGGACGUUGGGUCAGGAAGACGUGUCCACACUCUAAUAGGUCACAGGGGGGAAAUCAGUAACGUUCAGUUCAGCUGGGACGGCUCCCUCAUAGUCACAGGCUCCAUGGACAAAACUUGCAAGUUGUGGGAAGCAGUCAGUGGGAGGUGUGUGGCCACUCUAAUUGGACACAAAGAAGAGGUGCUGGAUGUGUGUUUUGAUUUAAGUGGUCAGCUCAUUGCUUCUGCCUCUGCUGAUGGUACAGCGCGACUGUUCAGUGUAACCACAGAUCAGUGUCUUGUGACUCUAGAGGGCCAUGAUGGAGAGAUCUCUAAGAUCUGUUUCAGCCCACAGGGCAGCAGGGUCCUGACUGCCAGCUCAGACAAGACAGCUCGUCUGUGGGAUGUUAAGUCUGGAGUCUGCCUACAAGUCCUAGAGGGGCACACCGACGAGAUCUUCUCCUGCGUCUUCAACUAUGAGGGUGACACUAUCAUUACAGGAAGCAAGGAUAACACAUGCCGGAUCUGGCACUGACCCCUCCCUUGACCCUGAACAGGCUCAGACUGUCAGAUGCAUGCUCACAGCAAUCAGUUUGACCCACUGUUAAUCUUUGUAAUUGUGGAAUACCCACUGAAUUCACGACAUCUGUGUAAGGUCAAAGUGCCAUUGCAAUUCAGUCACUUGAUUAUGUAAUUGUCUCUCUGAUGUUCCUGCUGUAACUUGUUCCCUGACUGUAUUAAAUUUGUACUGGGUUGUACCAGUAGACCUACCCUUGUAUUUACUGUGGCGUUAACAGCAUGAGAAUUUUGCUCAUAAAAAUGUCAUGAAGUAAUUGGAACUUUUCAACUUUUGGAGCAGUUUGACAAUUUGGGACAUUUGCUUGGACAAAGCCAGGAGGCGCUUGGCUUAGUUUAGCAUAAAGACUGGAUCAAAAAUAUGCCCUCCAGCCCCUCUAAAGUUAUUAACACGCCAGAUAUUGACAGUACAUAACUCCCAAUUUGACCACAACUUGUUGUUUUUACACUUCUGUUUGUGUUGAGAAUUAAACAAAAUCAGCUACGUGGAUUUUUAAACUUAAGACAAAGCCAGGCUACAGUAGCUGUGUCCCCCUGCCUUGAGUUUUUAUGUGAGAUUAAGAUGAUUAUCUUCUGGCAGUAGCUUCCUAGUUAAUACACAGACAUAAGAGUGGUCUCAUGCUUCUUUUAUAACGCUUGGCAAGACAAUAAGGAAGCAUAUUUCCCAAAAUGUCGACUAGCUCUUUUAGUAACUGUGAGCUAGACUUGGCUGUCUGAGCUGUAAACAUACCAAAUGUUAUGUUAACUCAUAUUCAUACAUGGGCAUUACCAGAAAUGUUUGCCCAUGUUUCAUCCUACCUAACAAAAGGUAAUCUUUACUUUUGUUCCCACUGCCUUUGUACGUUUCUGUGAUGUUUACUUAGCAGUAUUAUCUGAAAGCACAAUAAAAUAUUGAAUGUUUA